GGGGGAGGAGGAGGAGGAGGAGGAGGGACGACCGAGCUGCAGCAACGCUUCCUCAAUUUGAACUCCACGUUCUGAAUCCUCGACCCGGGGACUACUCGAGUGGACUAAAACGUCACUUUGUGACGUCAUCUUCGUGUCCCGCUCGAACUCGUCUCGCCUACGUUGAAACUUCUCCGCCUAGCCUAGCCUAGCCUAGCUUAGCUUAGCGUCGCUUGCUAACAAAGAGACGCUCAGCAGCGAUCAAGUGUGAGAGCGGAAAGUGUGAAAAUGCGUGCGAGGAGGACAGCGGAGCACGACGAGGAACUUUGGGGCCCGAAAGAGGAGAAGGAGCCACGAGGCCAAGGACCGGACGCCGCGUUCAAGACGUGGUAUCGAACUGCGCUGCGCAGCGCAGACAUCCCUGAAGAUCUUUGUACUGAGCGGCAUGAGCCAGAGCGCCCUGACAUUAAAGAGGAAGUGGAGGACGAAGAGGUCCACCACGUCAAAGAGGAAGAGGAGCCCAUUCCAAUUAAAGAAGAGGAGAAAGAAGUUCGCCCCCACAUAAGACAGGAAGAGGAAUCGGAGCCCAUUUCUGUUAAAAAGAAGGAGGAGCCAGAGCCCCCCCACAUUAAAAAGGAAGAGGAGGAGGAGGAGGAGGAGGAGGAGGAGGAGGAUAAUAUCACCAAGUUUCCAUCGACUGGUGGUGUCCCUUCGAAGAGUGAAGAUGAAGGUCAAAGUGAGGAGAGCGGAGGGGCGGACCCUCGGAGCUGCAGCUCAAGUCAACACAUGACAACAGAAGGUGAUGGCGAACUCUGUGGAGGGUCACAAGCAGACGGGCUCGUCGCUCCACUAUCAGAUAGGGACGACAUGACGCUGCGGUCUACUCACGCUGAUGAUGAUGAUGAUGAUGAUGAUGAUGAUAAUGCACAGUCUGAAGCUGAUAUGACAUUUCACACUGACAACAAACGAUGGAAAUGUUCUCAGUGUGGCAAAACCUUCGCUUGUAUGAAGUAUUUGAAACAACACAUGAGAAUUCACACUGAAGAGAAACAUUUUACCUGCUCAGAUUGUGGUCAAAGAUUCACUCGGAAGGGAGCUUUAAAAAUACACACGAGAACCCACACUGGUGAGAAACCCUUUUCUUGCUCUGAUUGUGGUAAACGAUUCUCUGAAAAGGGACACUUGACGAGACACACGAGAACCCACACUGGGGAGAAACCUUUUUCAUGCUCAGUUUGUGGUCAAAGAUUCUCUGAAAAGGGAAAUUUAAAAAAACAUACAAGAACCCACAUUGGUGAGAAACCUUUUUCCUGCUCAGAUUGUGGUAAAAGAUUCUUUGAAAAGGGACACUUGACAAGACAUACAAGAACCCACACUGGUGAGAAACCUUUUGUCUGCUCAGUUUGUGGUCAAAGAUUCUUUGAGAAGGGAAACUUAAAAAUACACACAAAAACACACACUGGUGAGAAACCUUUCGCCUGCUCAGUUUGUGGUCAAGGAUUCUCGGAAAAGGGAAGCUUAAAAAUACACACAAGAACACACACUGGUGAGAAACCUUUUGCCUGCUCAUAUUGUGGUCAAAGAUUCUCUGAAAAGGGAAGUUUAAAAAGACACACAAGAACGCACACUGGUGAGAAACCUUUUUCCUGCUCAAUUUGUGGUCACAGAUUCACGAGGAAGGGAGAUUUAAAAAUACACAGAAGAAUCCACACUGGUGAGAAACCUUUUUCCUGCUCAGAUUGUGGUAAAAGAUUCUCUGAAAAGGGACACUUGACAAGACAUGCAAGAACGCACACUGGUGAGAAACCUUAUUCCUGCUCAGUCUGCGGUCAAAGAUUCUCUGAAAAGGGAAACUUAAAAAUACACACAAAAACACACACUGGUGAGAGACCUUUCCCCUGCUCAGUUUGUAGUCAAGGAUUCUCUGAAAAGGCAAGCUUAAAAAUUCACACAAGAACCCACACUGGUGAGAAACCUUUUGCCUGCUCCGUUUGUGGUCUAAGAUUCUCUGUGAAGGCAAGCUUAAAAUUCCACACAAGAGCCCACACUGGUGAGAAACCUUUCUCCUGCUCCGUUUGUGGCCAAAGAUUCUCUUAUAAGUAUCAGGCUAAGACACACAAGUGUGCCGGUGAGAAUAGCAGCGAUCAAGAAGCUUUUACUAAAAAUGUCAUUGUUUAACAUAAAAAGGAAUUACUUUGUUACUGACUUAGAAAAUCCACAUUAUUGUCGUCAGUUUACCAUCUUUUCUUUUUCUUCUUCUUGUCCAGAUAUUCUCUCAAACCCUCUCGCGGGCGAAUGUUGAGAAUUAGCACUGGUGCCAAACUACUUAUAGGCACUAGUAACCUAACCCUAUAGGCGCUUUUUCCAUAGUUCUGGACUCAUAAAUGAUCUCUGCAAGAAAAAAAAAAACCAAACAAAAAAGCCCUCCAAAACAGACUCUGUCGUAAUUUUAGAAUAGUUUUCUGACGAAAUAUUAGAUUUUCAGCCAGAUUUUGGCCCGCCCACAUUUUCUUCAUGUCAGCCUGUCACAGCCUGAUGAAUAACGAACAUUUCCCCGUUGAACUUCUAUGUUCGCUAUGGUGUCCUUUUUGGCCAUGUUGAAAGUCUGGAUAUAUGUCUGAGAUAACAACGAGUGAAAGUGGUGCUAGUGUAAAACGGCGGACGCCCGGUUGUUUCAAAAAUGUAACCGUUGAGAUGCCUCCUUGAGGAACGAAGACAGCCACGUCACCCCACAUGAAUUCUUUCAUUUCCUCAUACGUCCGCUCAAUUUGGAGUUAUUUGCGCCGCCGAUGUCUUGGACAGUCCGCUCCAAAAGUAUUGGAACGGCAAGGCACAUUUUUUGUUUUGGUUUGUUCUAUGCUGACGACAUUUGGGUUGGGCGGCACGUCGGACGACCGGUUAGGUCGCCUUCCUCGCAGUUCCGAGGACCGGGGGUUCAAUCCCCGGCCUCGCCUGUGUGGAGUUUGCGUGUUCUCCCCCGUGCCUGCGUGGCUUUUCUCCGGGCACUCCGGUUUCCUCCCGCAUCCCAAAAACACGCGUGGCCACUUCAUUGACAACUCUAAAGAGCCUCUCGGUCACAUCCCACCUGCGGGGCACAGCCGCUCACCGCAUUGCACCUAACGCCCUCAAUUUCAAGUUUCAGCCUCGUCGCUCGAUCUGAUACUCUCUUCGCCUCCGAGACGCUUCUUUGAAAAUAACCCCGACUCCAUUUCUCUUCCCCAUCUACACCGCGGUCAAAUCCUUCCAACCCUGCCCCUAAACGUGGAGCCUGACCGCCUUUCCGCACGGUCUCUCCCGGACGCACGACAUGUCGACCUUUCGCCUCAUCAUCGUGUCAACCACCUCCCGAGAUUUUCCUGUCGUAGUCCCCACAUUCGAAGUUCUGGGCUCUGUGCUUCCCUCUUCUCUUUCUGCCGAAGAACCCGUUUUCCACCUCUUCUUCUUCGACUUCGACCCAAAGUAGCCGAAUUUCCGGAUCCUCUUCAAGAACCCUUUCACCGCAAACCUCUCAGCCUCCGCGUGCUUCUGGGUCCGGUGAAAAUCGAUUCGUCACUGUUAAGUUUAUAGCAAUGAAGUUGAGAAUUUUAGGAAAACACUGAAACUGGUUAAAACCGAACAAGCAUAUAUAAAUAUGAAUCUUUUAUGUUCAGAUUGGACCUCUGACUUUUUAUUGUGGUUUUAUGAACUUAUUUUUCUUGUUACAUGUACUGUGGAUAUUUAGUUCCAGAGGUGGGUAGGAAUUAGCUGCAUUCACUCCAGCAACAUUUUGGAUAAAUUGUGCUUGUCGUUUUAAUGCAUCCUACUUUUCAUUUUUACUCGAGUAAGUUAUGUACUUUUACUCUGUCACAAGGAUCUGCAUGCCGCACACGACUUCUAUUUACUAAAUAUCGCUUGUUCGGCGAUAAUUGCAUGCCCGAUAUAUUUGUUUUUUGCAGCAAGGACUGUCAAGUCGGGCUCAC